AUGGCGCCGUCGCAGCUGAAGCAGCUGAAGGCUUCGCUGCGGGAUAGCGGUGUCCUGGGUCCCCAAAAGUCGAAGAAGCAACAAAAAGCAUCGGCUAAAGAUGCACAGAAACGUUUGCAGCGGAGCGCCGCGCUCGAGGGCAUUCGCGACAAGUUCAACCCGUUCGAAGUCAAGGCGCCAGCCCGACGGCCAAAGCAUGAGUUCGUCAGCAGCAAGGAACAGAAGACCAGUAUUGGUCGACCGGGAGUCACGCGUGGCCUGGGAGAAGAGCGCAGGCGAGAGACUCUGCUUCGCGAGAUUCAAAGCAGGAACAAGGUCGGAGGGCUCUUGGAUAGGCGCUUCGGCGAGAAUGAUCCUACGUUGACACCAGAACAACGCGCUGCGGAACGAUUUGCCCGUCAAAAUGAGCGAAAGUCUCGGAAGACGGCCAUGUUCAACCUCGAAGAUGACAGCGAGGAAGAGAUGGCACUGACGCAUGCUGGACGGUCGCUUGAGUUUGGAGAAAAUGUGGUCGAGGACUAUGAGAAAGACGAUAUGGACAGAUCUAGCGACGAUGACGAGCAGGAGCGACCGAGGAAGCGGAUGCGGGUUGACGAGGAAGGUGCCUCUGAGGAAGAGCAAGUGAUGCCGGAGCGCAAGAAGACCAAGAACGAAGUCAUGCAGGAAGUCAUUGCGAAAUCGAAAAUGCACAAGGCCGAGCGACAGGCUGCGAAAGCUGACGACGAAGACCUACGCAUGGAGCUGGACAAAGGAAUGGACGACCUGUACGAAGCAAUGAGAGGACACAAACCACCACCGAGGCAUCUGCCUACCCCUCCGAGCGACUCUGAGCCGCAGAUGGACCCGAGUAGAGCCGCUAUGCUCGCCGGAAAGAGCCGUGAGGAGGCAGAGAAAGAGUAUGAGGCAAACAUCCGGCAGAUGAAGAUGGAUGCAAGAUCGAAGCCAUCAGUGAGAACAAAGACCGAUGAAGAGAAGGCCGCAGAAGAGGCAGACCGACUACGAGAACUGGAGCGCCAACGGCAGAGGCGGAUGCAGGGUGAAGCUGAGAGCUCAGAAGACGAGGACAACGAAGGUGAGCCAGCAGCGGAUGCAGACGAGAUUCCUGACGAUGCCGAGGCGUUCGGUUUGUCUGCACCUGAGCCAGUCUAUCGGCCAGACAUUGAUGUCGAAGACGAGGACGAGUUCGUGCUUGAUGAUCUAGUUGCGAGUGGCUCAGAUCUCGACAUGGCAUCUGACCACGAUGACGAUGACAGCGAUGAUUCCCAGGCGGAAGACGCUGAUGUAGCGGACGAUGGAGACGAUGACUUCAUCAAUGGCCUCGUCCUGCCGAAGCAGCCUCAGAAGUCGGAGAGCGGCAAAUCAGCAGCGUCACGAAACGACCUCGCAUUUACUUACCCUUGUCCGCAGUCACACGAAGAGUUCCUGGCGGUAAUCGAGGGGAAGGAUCUGGGUGAUAUCCCGACGAUUGUGCAACGGACUCGUGCUCUGUAUCACAAAAGACUUGCUGAGGGCAACGAGGAAAAGCUGGGAAAGUUCGUCCACGUGCUCGUCGAUCAUAUCGCGUAUAUGGGCGAACACGAAGAAGUAUUUCAGCAAGACGUGUCAGAAGCACUAAUCCGACAUCUCCAUUCGAUGGCAAAGAGCCAACCUCAAGAAGCCGCACGAGCAUUCCGCAUUCGUCUACAGACCAUUUCCCAGCUGCGACCAUUGAAUCUGACGGCUGGAGAUCUCUUAGUCUUCACGGCUGCCAUGACCAUAUUUCCCACAUCAGAUCAGUUCCACACGGUGAUCACACCUUCGUUGCUCGCUAUGGGGCGCUAUCUUGGCCAAGGAUCGAUCCAAAGCUUGAACGGCAUCAGCAAGGGGCUGUAUUGCUGUACGUUGUGUCUCCAGUACCAGCGACUUGCGAACAGAUACGUGCCAGAAGCCGUCAACUACUUGGUCAACGUCUUGGCUAUCCUAUCGCCAGUCGUCAUGCCUGAAAAGACUGCACAAGGGCAGCCACUGGGCGUUCUUGUCCGGCUUCCUGGUCAGUCACUGAGAAUCACGUUGGACGUUCUGAAGGCGAAAGCGAUGCCGACGGCAGGCUUCCAGACCCUUGUUUUGAAAGACGGCUUGCAACCUUCUGCAAGUAUUCAACUCCUUCAUCUUGCCAUCAGGCUCGCCUAUGAAUUGUCAGAGCUCUGGUCUCAGAAGACCGCCUGGUCGGAGAUUGUCGAGCCAAUUCUACAUGCCCUGUCCCAUCUGCAGACCAGCAAAUUGCCCCGGGACACUCAGACCCUGAUCAAGACCACUCUCUCAUCCCUCCAAACCAGCCAGAUAGACGCCAUCGCAAACCGCAAACCUCUCCUCCUACACAAUCAUCGCCCACUCGCAAUAAAGCAGUCCAUACCUCAGUUCACCGAUAACUACAUCCCGACGAAACACUACGAUCCCGACGCCGAACGAGCACAGCUUUCGAAACUCAAAGCCGAGCACAAGAAAGAGCGCAAGGGCGCGAUGCGUGAACUGCGCAAGGAUGCCAACUUCAUUGCGCGUGAGCAGCUGCGGGAGAAGAAGGAGAAGGACGAGGCUUAUGACAAGAAGUUCAAGCGAUUGGUGGCAGAGAUCCAGGGUGAGGAGGGGAGGGAGGCGAAGGAGUAUGAGAGGGAGAAGCGGAAGCGGAAGGGGAAGUGA